AUGGACCACCGUAGUUCAUUCUCUUCUAUCCACUCCUCUCCUCAAUUCUAUAAAAAUACCAAUGCAGCACAGCCGACAUCUCAAUUACCUCCUCCUCCGCCAAACACAACCCAAAAGCCAGCACACACAAAUACAUUUGUCCACAAACUCUACAACAUGGUCGUGGAUGUCCAUUAUCAGCAUUUGAUCUCGUGGGCUUAUACCGGUUCCUCGUUCAUUGUGUGUAAUAUUAUGGAGUUUUCUCGAGAUGUGCUACCAAAGCACUUUAAACACAACAACUUUAGCAGCUUCGUCAGACAACUCAAUAUGUAUGGUUUCCACAAAGUCAAUAAAUCACCAAGAGGUCAUCGUACACUGGCAGAAAAUCAGAUCUGGGAGUUCUCGCAUCCAAAAUUCUUGAGAAAUCGACCUGAUCUCCUGGAUGAGAUCAAGCGUAAAUCAAUGGAAACGGACAAUGCCAGACGAGACAACGGCGACCUCCAAGGACAUGUAGCCAUGUUACAGGCAUCCCAAUCCGAAAUGAUUCAACAAAUACAGAAUUUAUAUGAAAAUUUCACCCAAGUUAUAAAGGAAUUGGAAGAAACAAAGCAAAAACAAGAAAGCCAGCAGCAAUUUAUGAAAACGAUGAUGAACUAUAUUUCACAGCAAAAUGGAGGGCAACUACCAUCUGAACUGCAGCACCAUCAACUAGAUCAAUAUGAAUACAAACAAGAAAAACCACCAUCCAUCUUUGUCACCUCUCAUGAUCCCUCCAAUAAUAGCGUUCUAGACGAUAUGUUUGGUGUAUCCCGUUCUCCACUGACUGUGCAAACACAGAAUUUGUCAAGCAACAACCGUAUGUCAUUAGGUCCCUAUGGCAACCAAUUACCGCCUAGUCCAAGCCCUAGUAUGCUGGUUUCUGACGAUGAACUCGAUAAUGCAAGCUCAUUAUACUCCCCCAAUUCUCCUCACACGCCUAGACAUCACUCCACAUCGUCAACAACAACCAACAAUCAAAACGUUUAUUCCUCAUACAUGUCUCCACUUGAUCCAUUAUCUCAUCGCUAA